CAAGACAAAUCGGAUACUGGGGAAUCGAUGCCCUUCCAAUUCCAAAAGAAAAAUCCAGCCUGGCAUGCUCAGAAUUUAUUUACCAGAUGAAUAGACAGCGUGAUUAAUGAGCUGUUAAUUACUAAAACAGGAAAAAACAGUAAGAAAAUCUUAUUUCAAAGUGUUUACAGACUUAGCAGUCUAACAGUCUUAUCUCCCUUCCUCAGCUGUGUUUUCUGAGUCAGCAUUAGUUAAAUUUUCCAGCAAGCCCUACAUGAAAGAUAGUGUAAAGGGUGGCUACGGAUUUCCAGUCAGUGACCUCACCUUUGAGUGGGACAGUCACCACAUUUGCUCUGACAUUCCUUCUAUGAAGUAGUGCAGUGACAGCUGAAGUUGCUUUCAAGAAGUCAUCACAAAGGUGGUCUGACAGUAUCCAGUACCUUAACUUUUCUCAGCACAGGAGACACAUUACCUUGAAUUUCUUGAUUUUUUCCAAGCUGGUGACAAUGGCAACUUAUUUUGAAGUUACGUCAGCAGUGUUUUACGUCUGGGUUAUGACAUUCGUGGCUCAAAAUGACUUUAUAACAGGUUCCGUUCUUUCACCUUGCAGGAUCACAGGUGUAGGAAUUUAUCUUGAGGAGAAAGUGAAUUUCUCAGAAGCAAGUACUGCAUGUAAUCAACUGAAUCUACAGUUGGCAAGUAAAGAGCAAGUUGAAAAGGCCUUGAAACAUGGCUUUGAGACAUGCAGCUAUGGAUGGGUGAAAGAUGGAUUGGUUGUCAUUCCUCGGAUAACAUCCAACAAGAAAUGUGGCAAGGGCAACGUUGGACUAGUGCUAUGGCGUGCUGAACCCUUUAAGACAUUUCAGGUUUACUGCUUCAACUCCUCGGAUGUUCACAUUAAUUCAUGUAAACCAGAUCCAGCUACAACCAUACUACCUUCACUGAGUGCACCAAUGGACUUGACUGCAUAUUCAGGCUCUGAUUUGACUGAGAACAUCACAGCAGUGUCCAAUGUGACCGAGUCAGAAAAAUCCCUCAAAAAGAUGAGGUUUCGCGUUAUAUGUGUAACUGAAACUCUAUUACCAACAGAGGGGACUACUACAGAAAUGCCAGAGGAAUUCUCACUGGUUGGCUCUCCUAACUACACUUCCCACACUGCCUUUAAGAAUGAUGCCAUUGUCUUUGGAGGUAUCCCCACUGCACUUCUUGUGCUAGCAGUCAUCUUCUUCAUUAUUUCAGUUGUUCUAGCAGUCUGCUAUAUCAAAAAGUACAAGAAAACCUUCCCAUUUGCAAACAAGAAUCAGCAAAAAGAAAUGGUUGAAACUACUGCUCUCAAAGAGGCUAAGUCAAAUGACAAAACACCUGAGAAGAAAACAAAGAAUAAUGGGAAAAAGAUAGAAGAGUCCAAAACCAAGCCUGAGGCCACAGUAAAAUGUCUAGAAGCAGAAGUUUAAGGGAAAGAAUGUACAAUUCUUGAUAGAAAUAUGAAAUGAAGCACACAGAACUUAGCAAUGCUUUUAAACAUGGGUGAUUGUAAAUACUCAUGAAUCAAUAUUUUCUCUGUCUUAACGUAUGAAAACAUGUUUUUAGUGAUUACAUCUUUAGCUCUACAUGCUCUUGCAGAAGAACAUGAUAUCUUAUUUACUGGAUAUAAAAAAAUCCAUAUUACAGCUCAUUUGUCAUCUUUAAUGAAAUAAUUAGGAAUAUGCUGUUAACGACAUGCAGUGUGUUAACUAGUUGCAUGGAACUCAGAUCAAUAUAUAAUGAAAAGGGUUUUUUUAAUCUGGCUGGAGGAUGUCUGCUAACUUAACGUCUAAAAUAAGAUAAUGAUACUGUAGCUCUUCCUCAUGUAGAUUAGCUUAUUUCCAUUAAGUAGUUGCAUACUGUUUUUAAAAAGGCUGUUUACAAACAAAAUAAAUGUCUGUUUACAAGUGAGUAAAAAAAUCAAAGGAUCAACCCACUGUCAUUCAAAUACCCAAGGAAGGGUCAAAGAUGCUGAUGUUUAUAUAUAUAUAUACACAACAAUGAAUAACUUAGAUAUCUUAAUCAUAUCAUAAUUUACUGGUUUAUUUAUUAAAACCUGUAUUGUUCUGCAUCAGAUAUUUGAUGGG